AUGGCAUCCCAAACGCAGGCACCGGGCGAGGCACCUUGCGGGGGUGCUAGCAAGAACAAGCAAGAGUCCUCGCUAAACGAUCGUUUCUUCCGCUAUUUCCAGCAGGAGAUUACCGCCUUGCAGGAGGAGAUGGAUCGCCUCCCUUUUACUUCGACGGCCGGAGGGGAAACUAGGGAUGCUAUCGACCAUUGUCUUGCCGGGAUAUCGCGCCUGUCGAGCGAGGUUCAAGAUGCAUCCAGUUACGUACCGCCCUAUGACCAACGCAUAUAUGCUGAAGCGAUCAAAGCUCUUCAAGAGAAACUAGCGGAGACUCGGGCGGCCAUUGCUCCUAGGCAAAAGUUUGCUUUUAAAACUGCACGCAAGAAUCCCUCCGCAGUAUCUCUGGCGGACAUGGCCGAACUCGAUGCUCAAGGCCGUCGACAUAUCCCCGGCUACCGCUCCAGCGACAACUCGUCCAUGGAAUCGUCACUUACCGUAACCCCUCUUGACACUCGUUCUCCUGCCAUCCCUGGAUUAGAUACCAGCGGUUUGGGUAGAAAUUCUUCCUCUUUGGCUGAGCGAACUACGGUAGAUGCGGCCAACGGGGCAACCACUGCAAAGCACACUAUACCGUCAGACGCGUCAACGAUAUCUGUGGACUCACGAACCAACGUGCAUCUUAUCCUAUCAAGUCCAAUAGGACAUCGAACCGUCCCUGUUUCCAUCACUUCUUUGAAGCGCUCUGUAAUCGAUCUCAUCAAUGGACUCCCGUUUGCCGCGAUGGCUAUAAAAGAUGUCACUGACAGCUUACUUAUGUGUGGUGAAGUAAAAGGCGCAGCACAUAUUACCGGAGUCAGAAACUCGGUACUCGCUGUAUCAUGCCAUCAAUUCAGAAUGCACGACUGCAGCGAUGUUACAGUCUAUCUUGGCUGUUCGAGCACUCCUAUCAUCGAAAACUGUCACAACAUUCGAUUCAAUCAUAUCCCCAACCCAUUGCUCAAGGAUUCUGUUGAAUUCACCGUGAAGGAUAGCUGGUCCAACAUCGAUGAUUUUAGUUGGCUAAAGAUGGGUCAAAGUCCCAACUGGAGAGUGACGGACGAGAAGGGAUUUAAUCCAGAUGAUAUAUGGGCGAAGCUAUCCAGCGGUGACGGCGACUGGGCGCUAGCGACAUAUUUGCUCGCAUCGGAAAGCAACGCUGCUUGA